GUUUGGACGUGAACUUGUUAUUAUUUGUUUAGAUAUAGAAAAAGACGGGCGCGUACAUAAGUUUUGUGUAUUUAUAUUAUUAUUAUUUACAAAAUAAAUUGAAUGUCAAUUAAAUUAACCUAUUAUUUUGAAAAUGAAUAAUAACGAGUGGAACCGCGAGAGUUCUAUACAAUUAAUAGAAUUAUAUGAAGAAAGACCCGUUUUGUGGAAUCCUAACAACAAUAACUACCAUAUGAAGACUCUCAAAUACGAUGCCUGGAAAGAAAUCGCUGAUAAAGUAAAGCGGAAUUUAAAGGAUGUUAAACAAAAAAUGACAUCUUUACUAUCCUCAUUUAGACGCGAAAAACUGAAGAUAAAAAAAGGAAUGGGUACUGGCAAAGGUCGAGAAGAUAUUUAUUUGAGCACUGGUUUGCUUUUAAAAAGUUUAGCUUUCUCUUGGACAAGAAUAAACCCAAAUACACUGUCAAAACCAUUAAGAAAACUGAAGAAACAAACAGUAACAAUGAAAUACUCGACGAUUCAGGAUCAGAAGUAACUGCCGAAUUUAAAAAUCACCCGGAAGAAAUUGGUGACGAAACUAUAAAUGUAGUUGAAGAAACCCCCGAAGAAACCACUACACGAAAACAUACCGAACAAUUUGUGUCUCCUAAAGGGACACUAAAACGUAAAAGGGUAGACAAACAACAGCAGGAUUUGAGAGUGGCCGAAGCAUAUGGAAUUUUGAAAAACAUUUCAUCAAAAAACAACCAAAAAUGAGUGUUUAACGUUCGG